UGACGACAAUUCGGAGCGAGAAGUUUCAAAGGAGCUUCUUUUUUUUUCUGUUCCUUUUUGACAGAUGGCUAGAUUCCUUCUCCUCUGUUUCCUCUUCGCGGCGGCGCUGACGUCAUCAUUGACGGAAGCCGGCGACGACAACAGAGUCUACUCUCCUUGCUCAGAUUCAACAGUCGCGGUAGGCGACGGAUUCACUUUCGGCAUUGCCUUCGCGGCGAGAGCUUCUUUCUUUGGCACCAAUCGUUCCGUUCAGUACUCUCCCUGCGAUCGUCGCCGCCUCUCCCUCAGCGGCAACUCUGAGCUCGCCGUGUUCAGACCUAAAGUCGAUGAGAUCACCCUCUUGACGAUCAAUACCUCGUCGAGCUCCUCUAGUUUCCGCCCGGAUUCAUCAAAGGGAUACAUGGUAGCUUUCGCUGGUGCGAAAUACGCUGCAAGAUCAGUUCCAAUUAUGGUUGCUGACAACGAUCACGUCGUGACAAGCUUCACCCUUGUUCUUGAGUUUCAGAAAGGUAGGCUUGAGAACUUGUUCUGGAAGAAAGACGGAUGCUCAAAAUGUUCUGGAAAUGCCAAAUUCGUGUGCCUCAACAAAGAAGAAUGCGCUAUUAAAAGACAAAGCUGCAAGAACCAAGGAGGGCAAGUAGAUUGCAGCUUGGGGAUCCAGUUGGCGUUCUCCGGCACGGAUAAGCACUACACCGCGUUGAACUCGUGGUACGAAGUUGCGAAUCUGAAGCAGUACUCGCUUUAUGGCCUAUAUUCUAAUCUGAAGGGUUCACUAAGCAGCCAAUUCAAUAACCUCUUCUGAUGAGUUUCUUUCUCCUCAUGUGUGUUGCUUCUUUUGUAAUUUUGUAUUAUCAAACGGUCCCGUCCUCACAUGAUGUAUGAUAUAUAUUUACUUUAUUCUAUUACAUGGCUUGUAACUUUUUCAUGAACAAAGAUUUACGCUAUCAAGUGCGUUUGGUUCAAA